AUGCCUGCUCUCACCAUCUCGACCGACAAAAAUACCCCUACGGCAACCGCAGCCGCGGCGACACCACAACCGCGCGCCGCCUCCCCGACCAACGGCCCGCCCAUGUCCCCCAUUACCCCGCCGUUGCGCGCCACGCAGCUCUCCGGCAACGUGGACGACGCCUCCUCGUCGUCGCGGCCGACGCUCGCGCACACGACGCAGCAGACACCCGUAACGCUGCCACUCGCUCCCGGACCCGAACCCAUAGACUUUGAUGCCAACCCCGACACGAUUGCGCUCAAGUCGGCCAUUGCUGUGUUGCAGCUACAGCGGCAGCGCGCAACCGCCGACAUUCAGGCCCUUAGCCGCGCCAAGGACGAAGCCGUCGGCGAUCCCGAAGCCUUUGUGCGCGACCUCGCCGCUGGCAAGGUGAAUAAUCCCCCCGCCGCCGCCGCCGCCGCCACGGGCUCUGACGAUGACGAGGAAGAAGACGCGUCCGUGCAGCAGCAACAGCAAAAGAGGCAUUGGAAUACGCUACCGAAACCGCAAGAGGUCGUGCGAUGCCCGCCCAUCAACUGGUCACAGUACGCAGUCGUGGGCGACUCGCUCGAUAAGCUGCACGCGGAACAGGUUGCGCGGCCGACGCAGGGCACCCCCGCCGCGUACAUACCCGGCCAUGCGGGCAUGUACGAGUUUAGAGGCGGCGACGGCCGUCAAGAGACCUACCAGGGUGCGGCGGUGCCGUAUAACCCCGUCAAGGACAGGGUUGACAGGAAAGCCACGAGCAAGGCGAGAAAGUAG